AUGUCGCAAAUGUCACAGCUGGUUAACCGAAUCCGCCUGCCACGCGCCUUCCGACCCCCAGCUCAGAUCAAUGCCGAAGAAGGCACAAAUGGAUACCCAGAGACUAAUCGCGGGAAAACUGCGCCUAAUGAAGCUGAAAACGGGAAAAAAGAUGAAAAGUCGAAAGAUGGAUCUGAGAUGGAACCAGUCGGCUUUUGGCACCCGGAUCUACGACAGGUCCGUAACCGCGCCUUUGUAAAAUGGACAAUCACUACAUCCUUCCUCAUGGCAUUCAUCCUCGCUAUCCUCUCUUUAUACUGGGCUGUCUUCUUCAGAGUAGAAGACAGGCUUACCCACCUUCUGGUUUAUGUUGUAGACAUGGACGGCGUCGCGCCCUACGACAACACGGGCACCGCACCCUUUGUCGGCCCAACCAUCACCCAACUGGUCGAGCAACAAAUCAGUAGCGGCCAGCCAACCCUUGGCUGGGGCAUUCGUCCUGCCUCAGACUUCAACAACGACCCCUUGGCUGUCCAUCAAGCAAUCUACAACUUCGACGCCUGGGCGGCUAUCAUCAUCAACCCCAAUGCCAGCGCGCUCCUGUACUCUGCUAUUGCGACUGGAAAUGCGAGCUACGACCCUUUGGGCGCAUGUCAACUUGUGUAUCAGGAUUCGCGCGACGACACAAAUUGGUUUGACUUCAUGCUCCCGAUCAUCAGCCAGUUUAUGACGCAGGCGCAGAGCCAGGUUGGGAAACAGUGGGCGCAGAUGGUGCUGCGGAACGCAAGUACCAACUCUGAUAUUCUUUCUAGCAUGCAGAAUGUACCGCAGGCACUUAACCCCAGCAUUGGUUUCUCAGAGUAUAAUCUCCGACCCUUUUAUCCAUACACUGCUAUACCUGCAGAUGAUCUGACAGACCUUAUAAUAAUCUCCUUCUUCUCCUUCUCCUUCUACAUGCCUAUUCACAUGCAGUACGUCACCCCGGGCAACCAUCCGCCUCUCAAAUUCCGCCAAUUGAUCAUAUGGCGCUGGUGCGCUACUCUCUCGGCUUACUUCAUGCUUUCGCUGGCCUACUCCUUCGUUUCCCUCGCCUUCCAAAUAAACUUCUCCCACACAAACCCCAUUACCAACGAAACACUACCUACACUCCAGAGCGCUGGCAACCCAGUUUCGUAUGGCAGUGGCACCUUCCUCGUGUACUGGAUGCUCAACUUUUUCGGCAUGAUUGCAUUGGGUCUCGCGUGUGAGAAUGUGGCCAUGGUGGUGGGGAUGCCGUGGAUGGGCCUGUUUCUCAUCUUUUGGGUUAUUACGAAUGUUAGCACGAGCUUCUAUGAUAUUGAAAUUGCACCGGGAUUUUACAGGUGGGGCUAUGCUUGGCCGUUGCAUUCUAUCGUCGAAGGCAGUCGAUCUAUCCUUUUCGAUUUACACUCUAGACUUGGGCUCGACUUUGGUAUCUUGAUUGCUUGGGGCGCUGUGAAUACCGCAUUCUUUCCUUUCUGCUGCUGGUUUAUGAGGUGGAAGACGCAGAAGGGGAUUCAUGAGUAUUGGCCUUUGGAUUAA